AUGGCGGAAACCUUAAGCCCUAAUCGGACAACGGGUCAGAAACCGAGGCUUCCCAUAUCCGCUCGUAUCCUAUCUCCUACGAGCCCUUUCUUUGUGGGCUCCAACGACGACCAACAUGAACGCGCCCAGGCCCGUGCAGCCCGUGCCAUCGCCCUUCGCCGCAAGUCCCAUGCUGUAAACUUGCAGUCCCAACGCUCCGAUUCGGAUCCCUAUCUCAACAGGCACCAGAUUCUUGACUUGUUCCACAACUGCAUAAGGCUAGCCCGCGAAAAUAAAAUUAAUCAGAAAAACACGUGGGAGUUGCAGUUGAUUGAUCACCUUACUGAUAUUAUUAGGGCUGAAGAAGAUAAUGACGUGGAUACUAAUUUUCAAAUGGCAAGCUGCACUCUUGAAGCUGGAGUCAAAAUUUAUUCAGUAAGGGUGGAUUCGGUGCACUCGGAGGCAUAUAAAGUCCUUGCUGGGAUGAAUAGAGCAGGACAAGAAACUGACGAAGACACUACUCUGGAGUGUGUUAAUGCGGAAGGUGGACAAGAAGAAAACAGGAAAGGUAUAGACAAAAAGUUGUCACCUUUGUCAACAUUGGAAUCUUCUUUUGAGGUUCUUAAUGUAAAGAAGUUCGAUGUUGCAUUUACUGUGGAUCCCCUCUAUCGCCAGACAUCAGCACAAUUUGAUGAAGGCGGAGCCAAAGGUCUUUUGAUGAAUAACCUCGGUGUAUAUGGUGGAUGUAGGGUGCUCUUUGAUUCACUAGAAGUGCCUGGGAAGUGCAUAUCCAGUCCAAAUGAACAUGAUAUUUCAGAUACAAUUAAUCUUUCUUUUGCCAGAGGUAAACAUUUAAUAUGGACCUGGGACUUGCUUAUCUUCUGUAUAGAUUGUAUUGAACAGAUGGUAUUGAACAUUCAUAUGAAGGAUGAAAUCUCUCCAACUCUCAGGGUGAUAGUAAAUCAAUUUGACAAUGAUAACAGAAGGCCUUCUGAUUGUCAAUUUUCGAGCCAGAAGGCAGCUGAAGAGUUUGAUGCAGCUAUUGCUUGUGGAAUUGGGGCUGAAAGAGAAGAAUAUGAUAACUACCAGCCAUGGAACGAUGAUCAUGAUAACGUACCAUUUGUUACUGAAGUGAGCUCCAUUGAUGCAUACCCAAGUUUUCCAAGUUACCCUCAGGAAAGAGAACCUUUUCCUCCCCAAGACCUAGAUAUGGAUGAAAUAUUUGAAAAUGUCGAUGGGUAUUUAUUUUUUAGUCUGGGUUUUAAGUCAAAGAAAAAUGCAUGGGCAGGUCCUGAUCAUUGGAAGUAUCGAACAACUAAAGGCUCUAAGUCAGAGGUUUAUUGUACUUCUGAAGAUGGGUCGACCCUGAAAACUAGGCAUCCAAGGACUAAGAGACAUAUGGAAGUUGAUUUAGAUUUCACAAAUUUUCUUGAGAAAAAAAUGACUGAUAUCUUUUCUCCUCCCAAGAAUCCCAAAUUGUUACUGCUCCCUGAAAAUAGAUCACCUUGCGUUACAAAACUUCCAGAGGACUGCCACUAUGAGCCAGAGGAUCUUGUCAAGUUAUUUCUUUUGCCUAAUGUAAAGUGUCUUGGGAGGAGGGCAAGAAAGUUAGGUGUAUUUGCAGAUGGAUCAAGAGAACAAUGCAAUGACCAUGAAUCAUUCCGUUCCUGGGAUAAUGAAAGUGUUUGUGAUGGCGAGUAUGAUGGUGAUGUACAUAGUGACAUGGAUGGCUCUAGCACACUUAUUUCUCAGCCUUGUCAAAUCAAUAAAAUAGAAGUCCAGUAUGACAAAACAUCCAAACAAGUCGAUGUUCAGGCACUGAAAAUUACUCUUUGGGACCAUAUUCAAGAAUCUGUUCAAGUUCCUUUUCAGGGUCAAAAAGAAAUGAUAUCUUUCAGGUAUAUAUUGGCCAACUUUCCUAGUGAAUGCAAUGCUGCUGCAACUGUUAGUGACGUCUCUCCUCAUUUGUGCUUCAUAUGCCUAUUGCAUUUGGCUAAUGAGAAAGGGCUGAGCAUCCAAAGCUGCCCCAACUUAGAUGAUCUUGGCAUAUGCCUUUCAGACGUUGGUGCCACUCAAAGUGUAACAGUAUAG